AUGGCGAUCAACCGGUUGCGGGGCGCCUUCCAGGUGCCCAAGAAGGGAGAGACGUUCGAGUUGAGGGCUGGCCUUGUAUCCCAAUAUGCAUACGAACGGAAAGAGGCUAUCCAAAAGACCAUCAUGGCAAUGACCUUGGGCAAAGAUGUGUCCGCGCUGUUCCCCGAUGUCCUGAAGAAUAUCGCAACCAACGACCUUGACCAGAAGAAACUCGUAUACCUCUACCUAAUGAACUAUGCCAAGUCGCAUCCGGACCUCUGCAUUCUCGCCGUCAAUACCUUUGUACAAGAUUCAGAAGACCCCAAUCCUCUCAUACGAGCAUUAGCCAUCAGGACAAUGGGUUGUAUCCGGGUAGAUAAGAUGGUGGACUACAUGGAGGAACCGCUCCGGAAGACGCUACGAGACGAGUCGCCGUACGUUCGGAAGACGGCCGCGAUCUGUGUGGCCAAACUGUUCGACCUCAACCCGACCAUGUGCCUGGAAAACGGGUUCCUUGAGAUGUUGCAGGAGAUGAUCGGAGACCCCAACCCCAUGGUGGUCGCGAAUUCGGUCACUGCAUUGGCAGAGAUCUCCGAGACCGCUCCGGAGACAAAGGCGUUGGAGAUCAAUUCGAACACGCUGCGCAAGCUGUUGAUGGCCUUGAACGAGUGUACCGAGUGGGGUCGGGUUAAGAUUCUGACCUCGCUGGCGGAGUACAAGACGGCAGAUGUCAAGGAAUCCGAGCACAUCUGCGAGAGAGUUGUUCCUCAAUUCCAGCAUGUGAACGCCAGUGUGGUUUUGGCGGCGAUCAAAGUCGUCCUCUUGCACAUGAAACACAUCAAUCCGGACCUGCAGAAAACCUACCUUAAGAAGAUGGCUCCUCCACUCGUCACUCUGGUCUCGUCGGCACCCGAAGUCCAGUAUGUGGCGCUGAGAAAUAUCGACCUGCUGCUACAGAAACAGCCGGAUAUUUUGAACAGGGAACUGCGUGUCUUUUUCUGCAAAUACAACGACCCUCCCUAUGUCAAAUUCCAGAAGCUCGAGAUCAUGGUCCGGAUAGCCGACGAACGGAAUGUCGACCAGCUCCUGUCUGAAUUGAAGGAGUACGCCCUCGAAGUCGACAUGGAUUUCGUGCGGAGGGCUGUCAAGGCCAUUGGCCAGACUGCGAUCAAGAUCGAGAGCGCCAGCGAGAAGUGUGUCAAUGUUCUCCUGGACCUGAUCAACACCAAGGUGAACUACGUCGUCCAGGAGGCCAUUGUGGUCAUCCGCGACAUCCUCCGAAAAUACCCGGGCUACGAGGGCAUUAUCCCUACGCUAUGUAAGUGUAUUGACGAACUGGAUGAGCCCAACGCCCGGGCUGCCAUCGUCUGGAUUGUGGGCGAGUAUGCGGAGAAGAUCAGCAACGCAGGUGAUAUCCUGGGGGGAUUCGUUGAAGGAUUCAAUGAGGAGUUCACACAGACACAAUUGCAAAUCUUGACCGCGGUCGUCAAGCUCUUCUUGAAGAGGCCCGACAAAGCCCAGGGCCUGGUGCAGAAAGUGCUUCAGGCGGCGACAGCAGAGAACGACAACCCCGACAUCCGGGAUCGCGCUUACGUCUACUGGCGUUUGCUCUCCAACACCACGGACCCCAAUGCGGCGAAGAACGUCAUCCUCUCCCAGAAACCCCCCAUCACGACCACCAUCCAGUCCUUACCUCCAGCUCUGCUGGAUCAGCUGUUGGAGGAGAUGUCGACAUUGGCGUCUGUGUACCACAAGCCUCCGGAGCAAUUCGUGGGUCAGGGCCGGUUUGGCGCCGAUGCUGUGCAGAGAGCUGCUAUCGAGGAACAACAGCAGAAUGCUCGUGAGAACCCGUUGGCCGCGGCCGCUGCUGCAGCAGUCACGGGACAGGCUCCUCCACCUCAAGCUCAGAGCAACGUUGAGAACCUCCUCGACAUCGACUUUGACGGCGCGGCCCCUGCAUCGGCAGAGGGCCUGGCCGGCACACCUGUGCGAUCGACUACGCCAGCGACAACUACAUCACCACCAGCGACGACGACGGGCAGCAACAACCUGGACGAUCUGCUCGGCGUGUUCGGCAACGGCGGAGACACCGCCGGCGCCGGCGCAGCCGCCUCGACAGGCAACACCGGCUUUGGCGGCGCAGAGGGAGAUCUGAUGAACGGAUUCGCAGGGUUGAAUCUGUCUGGGAACACCAACACCAACAACACAUCAUCAUCGGGAGGCGACAACCAACCGAAAAGGACGAAUGAAGACUUACUCUUCUAG